CAUUUUCAAAACAAACAAAAUGGCGGCGCACAUGAGAUGGGGUCUUUACCAGUUGUUACGUGCAAGAAAUACGGCUCAUUUUAGGUUUCCAACCAAGAACAGAAGGUCAUACCACUCACAGUCCGCGACCCAGAGCUUCAGAAGAGCUCAGCUUCAGCCCAGGACAGGAAUCACACACUCCUCAAUAAGACAACUGUCCAUCCAGACUCAAGACACUCCAAAUCCCAGAAGCUUGAAGUUUCUCCCCGGUAAACCUGUCCUAGGAAGUGGGACACUUGACUUUCCUUCUCCGAACUCAGCUGGAUCUUCAUCUUUAGCCAGGGACCUGUUUGAAAUUGAAGGCGUAAAAAGUGUGUUCUUUGGGCCAGACUUUAUCACAGUCACUAAAACGGAUGAGGAUGUAGAGUGGACAGACAUAAAGCGCAAUGCUUUAGAGGCCAUUGCUAAGUUUUUCGAGAGUGGAGACCCAAUAACAACAGGAGCAGUGCACCAUGAAAGCAGUCUUUCUGAAGAUGAUGAUGACAUUGUGUCUAUGAUAAAAGAGCUCCUGGACACCAGAAUCAGACCUACAGUGCAGGAGGAUGGAGGCGAUGUCAUCUUCAAGGGUUUUGAGAACGGCACAGUCAAAUUGAAGCUGGUCGGUUCCUGCACAGGAUGUCCCAGCUCCACAGUCACCCUCAAGAACGGCAUUCAGAACAUGAUGCAGUUUUAUAUCCCUGAAGUAGACAACGUGGAGCAGGUUGAAGAUGAAGUGGAUGAAAUCAACGCAAAGGUUUUCACUGAACUAGAACGCAAACUAAAGGAAUAAGAACUUCUUUAUCCAACUCACUCUUGAACUCUGUUAGAGGAAAAUGCUUCACUGUGGACAACUCAGCCAUGCAUUAUUCUAAGAAAUUACCAUUCUAUAUCGUAUGAAGAUAAAAAUAAGAUUUCCUGCUGUUUUGUGCGCAUACUGUUAUAAAUUCAAGCAGUAAUUGAUAUGUACAUACUGUAUUGACCUGCUUCCAAAGAAGGACAACAUACUGUAUACCUGUAUGCAGACAGUGAAGUCAUUUUCUUGUCUAAACGAAAAUGUUUGGCUGUAAUCGCUGUAAAUGUUGUGUUGUAUUUAUUUCUUAUGAAUGUUUUAUAUUUUGAAAGAAUAUUUUCUUAAGAUGAAGAUACUUGGAACGUUGAUGACAUUGGUCCGGUCUUGCAGACGGAAGUUUUGAUAAGUAUUGCAGUUGUUGCUGCCAUUCCUAAUGAAACAGAACUGAACGGUUUUUGCUUUUUAAUGCAUCAUUAACAAGUGACAUGAUGUAUAUUAGUGUUAUUGAGGCUGCAAUUUAUUUAUCAUAAAUAGGCUUACACUGUUACAUCCUAGAAAUAUGUUCACUGUAUUACUCUUCUUUGUGCUUCACUCCAAACAUUUACUGUAUCACAUUAAAGUUCACGGUUUGAAAACUAA